GGCUUAGUAGUGUGUACGCAAACUUACAUCGUAAGGCAAAGUGAACGACUAUGCUGAAAGGCGCACUAUGGACCAGCACAAUACUAUUCCUGAUUUGGGUCGCUAUCGCCGCGGAGAAUGAGCGCAAAAAUCCAACAGCCCAACGUAAACGCAACGAGAUGCCCAGAUACAUGAAUUUGCACGUCGAUCCAUGUCUGGACUUCUACGAAUUCGCCUGCGGCAGCUGGCAGCAACCCUACGUUCAUACGAAGCACCAACAACCCAUCAUGGAAAACACGGAAAUCUAUAUGCGCAUCAAGGUCGAUCACGAUUUGCGCAACAUGUUGCAGGAGCAAACCAAGCUGGAGGACGGCGUGCAUGGUCGCAAAUUAAAAGAUUUCUAUAGGUCCUGCACAACGGCGGAGCGAAAUGAUGUGAGCCAGCAGCUAUAUUUUAGUCAGAUAAUAGAAGCGCAUGGCGGCUUUCCCGCUGCACCAGGCUCUAAUUGGUACAUGCAAAGUCACAACUACUGUUGGGAAGAUGUGGUGGGCAAGUUGCGCUUCCAAUAUGGCAUGAAUAUAUUGGUCGGUGUGAAAAUCGAUGUGAACUAUUUGUAUCCGUUCGAGGACAGCGUAUAUUUGGGAGAACCAGACACUUUCAUACCGCCGGAGCUGUGUAGCGAGGAGGGCACAAAUAAGACCGACAUACGCGCCGAAGAAUACGCGCUUAUCGAAAACGAAGUUGCCGAGAACCUCAACAUGUGGCUGGCACUCGAUAUGGAGAAGGCACAAAGGGUGGCGGCUGAACUGGUGGCUUUUGAAUUCCAACUUUGUAUUGGCAUAAAAAGGCAAAACGCAAUGCAACCGACCAUCGCCGUUUGGCAGAGCUAUAACAGCGAUAUACGCAAGACGCUCUUCGACUUUACGCACCAAUUUGAGAACAAAAUUGACUUCACUGCGGCAACCUUUGGUACGCCGAUCCAUAAACCCGUAUUUAUGGCGGCCGAACCGUACUUUAGGCAACUUAUCAAGACUUUAGCGACGACCAAUAGAACAGUGAUUGCCAACUAUAUUAUGUACCAGACUUUAUCCGCGCUGAGCUUUCCACACAACGACCAGCCCAGCAAUCGUGGAUUCUACUGCCUCGAAAAGGCUAAACGCUACUUUCCGAGGGUACUUGGCGAAAUGUACUAUAGAAACCACGUGAACGUCGCCGCCAGAGAUGACGUACUCAACAUGUUUGACAAGUUGAAAGAGUCCUUCCGUAUGAGCUUACAGAAGUCAUGGAUCAAAGACUACACACGCCGUAUUGCUGAGAGUAAGCUCGCAGAGAUGCGUCUACUUUUCCCCGUCUAUGGCAAAAUGGAGAUUAGUAAUAUAAAUAUCAAUCGCAGCAAUUACUGGUACAACUUAGAUAUUCUUAUGAAGGACAGGCAAGAGGCACAAUUUCAGCGCAUUUUCCCACCAGAACGCCAGAAUCGGUACGAUCAAGUGGAAGCGUACGACACAUGUAUACGCUAUACGACGCAGCAUACACGCUUCGAAAUGGGCUGGGGACUGCUGCAAGAACCACUCUAUCACACACAUUAUCCCAAUGCCAUGCGCUACGCAGUCAUCGGACAAAAAUUGGCCAAUUUGCUAGCCAGCGCCUUCGAUGACAUCUCCUGGUCCACAUCGAGGGACGGCUUACUUAAUUGGGAUCACAUGACUGAGUUUGAAUAUCAAAAUCGUAGCCAAUGCUUCCGCCAACAAGUCAGUAAUUAUUUGUAUAACGAUCCGGCGGUGUUUUCAAAUUUUACAUUGCUGCGAGAAAUCAUAGCACAGAGUUCCGGGCUCAAUGUAGCCUUCAAUGCGUAUCUGAAUUGGCUGGCCUACUUACAACCGACGGACGAUUAUGAACAGCUGUUGAAAGAAACCUUACCCGAAUUUAAUUUUACCAACACGCAGCUCUUUUUCAUUGCCUUUGCGCAAAUGCACUGCAAUGCCGGCGGCACGGGGACAAGGAGAACCACUACGACGGAACGGGCGCGCACGCUAAGUCCACGGGAACGACAUACGAUCGAACGUUUUGCCGUUAAUGGAGCACUGAGGAAUUUUUUGGAAUUCGCAAGAGACUUUGGUUGCGCGAUGGGUGUGGAAAUGAAUCCGCCAGAUAAAUGUGUAAUUUAUUAGUUUACAGAAUUAGCUUAAGUUCGAUUGUAAUUGUGCGAGUAGAUAUGUGUGAAAAGUAUACAAAUACACGCAAAUAAAAGUUUUUU